CUAUGUCAGAAAACAAGUAGAGCAGAAUUGUGAAGUAAAGAAAAAACGUGAUUUUCAGAUUUUUGAUGUACGUUCCAGAGUGACAGCAAAGCUCAGGGCUGAUGGGAAGAAAACCCUGUAAGAAACUGCAAAAGACUCGAGAGAGAGAGAAAGGUUCAUCUUCUUGCAGCACAUUGACCUUAACCAACCCAAUCCGAUUUAUUUAUAAAGCACACUUGAAAACAAAAAAAUGGUUCACAAAAGUGCAUCUGAAGAGUAAGCAAAAAGAAAAGUAGAUACAUAAAACAAUGCUAGACAACACAACAGUUCAUACAGAAGAAGAAGCAACUAAUGUUGCGUCAAACGCCAUAGAAAAAAACAUUUAAGACGGCCUUGCAUACUUUGGCAACCUGUUCUAUAACUUAGCUUUAGCCUCGUCUUUGGAACGGUCAACAACAGCUGGUCAGCUGACUUUAGAGACUGCAAAUGAGAGUACGGGUGAAGCAAGUCCAAGAGAUAGCGUGGAUCGAAACCAUUAGGACAUUUAAAAGGCAACAAAAGAAUUUUGAAAUCAUUUGUCUCACAGAAAGCCAGUAAAGAGCAGCGACAUCAGGAGUGACGUGUUCUGGUCUGUGCGAUCGAGUUAGGAGACGAGUAGCUGCCUUCUGAACAAGUGGGAGGUGAGAGAGGGGAGUUGGUCUGACCCUGAAAUAUAGCGCACUACAAAAGGCAAGGCAUGAGGUCAAAGAAAAAAUCCUCCCAAGACAAAAUUGUCUUGAUUUUGGAAAUUUGUCACAUUGAAAAAAGCUUGUAUUUUUACCACAGAUUUGACUUGUGUGUCUAACUUAAGGUUGCUGUUCAAUUUCACUCCAUUAUUUGUGGCAGUGGAUUUUAAAUAUGGAGUCAAAGUGAAUGAUUAAUAUCUUAAAUAUGAAGCCAGAACUACAACUGAGUGGAUUAGAUCAAAGCUCAUCGAGGUGUUAGGAUGUCUUAAUCAAAGUUCAGGCAUAAAUUAAUAGAGGAUUUGUGGAAAGACUUGAAAGUUGCCAUUCACAGAAUCUCCAUCCAGUCAGACUGAGCUUGAGUAAUAUUGCAAAAAUAAUUUUUGCCUCUAUGUGCAAAACUAGUGGAGACAUAACACAAAAAGAUUUGCAGCUGUAAUUGCAAUGAAGUUUGGUUCUACUAAGUGUCGACUCUUUGCAGGUGAAUGCACACAACAGUUUUAUCUUUUUUCUUUAAAAAAAAAACAUUAAAAAGAAUUAAAACUAUGUAUAAUCUUCCUUCUAAUUCUGUACUAGUUUUGAUUACCUGCCACAUAAAAUCCCAGAAAAAAGAUUGAGGUUGUAAUGUGGCAAAAUUUCCUUGGAUAUCUAUAACAACUGCGGACUUAAUUAAGAUUAAUGACAGAGUGGUAGUUAAUCACUAGACAAAGCAGAAAGAAAGAAAGAAAGAAAAAAACCUGGAGGAGGUUUUUGACUGAAACUGGUGGCUAGACGAUUAUGGGUCGAGACAUAUGGCUCCAAUCUGGCGCUCCCUGUGUUUUUGUAUGUUCAUCAUGACUCAGCACUUACUUAAUAGUACACAACACUCCCAUCACUAAACGGCUGACUUAAACAAAUUGUACAUCUAUAUAUAAAAAGAAGAAGUAAUAAUUUAGAUUUGUUGUUACUUUAUUUUAUAAAAGUAUAAUGAAGAGCCUUGUUUGCUAAAGUUACAAUGUUAUGUAGAAAUUAAAUUAGUAAUACAGACAGGAGACAAAGCUGCUCUAAAGUCUACAUUCAUAUACAAAUAGACUCAGACGGCGUUGGUCAGCCUCUUCUGUCUGAUUGAUCAGCAAACAUUGUUCCUGUAAGAUACCACAGAAAACACGUGCUGCACCAUUAUGUAACAGCAUCACAGCAGUAUUUAAAGAGGCGCGUGCUCUCUCCGUUUCUCUCCACACUGCUGCACUUUUCCCCAGUCAUCGCUUCAGAUCCAUUCAGACAGUGUCGCCUAAAGACGCAUCUUAAUCUUAAAAAAAUCACAUAUAAAGACUUACACUUUGCUCUGUCAGGACUCAGAGUAUGAUUUUAGCUGACAUCAUUUCUGCAAGAUCUUCUAUGGAAAAACAAAGAAGCUGGUUUAUAGCUGGAACAAAGUUCAGCCAAAGAGACACCUUCAGAGAAUCCUGACCUUCUGUGUUUCUGUCGCACUGACUGUUCCAGCAAAGAUUUUUGGAUCAGAUACAUGUCCAGCGUUGCCAUUUAAUUUUAGUUUUAAUCCAAAGAAAAAAAAAAUGGUUGGAUUUCAGCCAGUGGAUGUGCCUCCAACAGCAGCUGUAAAGUUUGUGGGUGCAGGAACUGCAGCCUGCAUUGCCGACCUGCUCACCUUUCCCCUGGAUACUGCCAAAGUGCGGCUGCAGGUCCAAGGAGAGGCCAGCAUCUCUGAAGCGAUUGGGAGAGUUCCUGCAGUAAAAUAUCGGGGUGUGUUUGGGACCAUCGUCACCAUGGUGCGCACAGAGGGGCCUCUGAGUCUGUACAGCGGGCUGGUUGCAGGGCUCCAGAGGCAGAUGAGCUUUGCCUCUGUCCGCAUUGGUCUCUACGACUCUGUUAAGCAGUUCUACACGAAAGGAUCUGAUCACGUCGGCAUCGGCAGUCGUCUGCUUGCGGGAUGUACCACAGGAGGGAUGGCUGUGGCUCUGGCUCAGCCCACAGAUGUGGUGAAAGUUCGCUUUCAGGCACAGGCCAGGUCUAAUGAGUACGCAAGGCGCUACUGCGGCACCAUUGAUGCUUACAAGACCAUUGCUAAGGAGGAGGGCAUCCAUGGUCUCUGGAAAGGCACAGGCCCCAACAUCGCCCGCAACGCCAUCGUUAACUGCACAGAGCUGGUGACAUACGACUUCAUUAAGGAUUUCCUCCUCACCUCCACUCCCCUGUCUGACAACCUGCCCUGCCACUUCCUAUCAGCCUUUGGCGCCGGGUUAUGCACAACUGUGAUCGCUUCCCCAGUGGAUGUGGUCAAAACCAGAUACAUGAACUCUGCUCUGGGCCAGUACAGCAGCGUCCUCAACUGUGCUGCUGCCAUGAUGGCCAAAGAGGGUCCGCUCGCCUUUUAUAAGGGCUUCACGCCAUCGUUCUUACGGCUGGGCUCCUGGAACGUGGUGAUGUUCGUCACGUACGAGCAGCUGAAGCGAGCUUUGAUGGCGGCGAAUCACAGCCGAGCAGCUUUAUUGUAACCACUGAAGCUUACCUGAGGGCUGCUGUUGGAACACAGCUGCCUUCCAUUUAGCUUUCUUUCAGUGAACACUUCAGCUCAUACCUAAUGC